AUGACAUCCCCAACAUGUUUAAAUGCUCCAUGGAGGCGCCGCGAGGUUCUGUCAAGCAAAAAUCCGCGCCCACAAAAUCAUUCCCUGCGCCGCUCCAUGGACGCCACCUCUAGCUACGAUACGUUCUGCGUCAAUUCCAAGAAUAUGUCAGACCUGCAUUCCUCAUGCCGAAUGGUGGGACUUCCCACACAAGUGGCUCGUAAGCGGCUACUUCAAGCCAUUGAGCAUAAGAUUCACGAGAAGGAGAGCUCAUCAAAUGGUACAACCGAGUUCCGCGACCCAUUCUCGAUAUUGCUAGCGCUUUGCGCCAUUUUCCGAUUUUCUGACGCGGUAAGAAAUUUUGCGGGACUGAAGUGGGAUCGAUAUAGAGCGGGAGUAGGUGAAGGGCUCUUUUUAGUGGCCGCUGCAGCUGGAAACGUGCUACUUAACAUGACGCAGAAGCGUCGACAUCAUGCAGAAAUGGCCGAAAGAGUACGUGUAGCAGUACAAGAGAUGCUACCCAAGAGCAAAGAUAAAGGAGAUCCGGAUGAAGUGCCCAUUUGGCUAAACAGCCAAAUUCAGCCGACAGUGCUGCUACCUUCAAAUAGCUACGCCGCAUGUUACCGCGAUAAUCAGUGGGUUCGAUUGCCUAUGAAUUUGCUGGUCGAAGGUGAUGUGGUGGGAUUAAUGAGUGGAGAUAUCGCACCGGGAGAUGUGCAAUCUGUGGAAACAAAUCAAAACGAACAAUGCCACGUGUAUGCAAGAGGAUGCAAAUUGCCGUCUUGGAAUAGCAGACAUGGAAAAGAUACGACGAGAUGCACGGCAACAUUUGAUCCACCCUUGCUGUUGAAAUUGUGUGGUGAAAUGCGAAUUUUUGAAAUGCUGGAGACACCUGUGCUCAGAGAUAUUGAAGACGCUCUCUUCCGAAUCAGACGACCCCUGACACCCACACAAAAGCUACAGAUACAAGCACGACAAUUGGCCGUGUAUGUAUGCACGCUAUAUUCAGUUCUAGUGCUCGUGGCCAUUGCAUUACGCGCAUUGAUGCAGCAUCGCUCAAUAGAAACCUUGCUUACACACAUUUUGCUCGGACCUAUUGGAAUCUGGCUGUGUUUUGCGUCGCUGAAUACGCCACUAGUGUUGUUCGUUGCUGAGGCUGCGGCAACUGCAUCCAUUUUAGGAUCAUUUGAUAAUAUUUUAGAACCAACAGGAAUACAAAUGCAAGAUAAUGACCAGAAUGCAGCAUCAUUUGAAAAGGAGUGUCAGGAGGCUAAGACUCAAGCUGAAGCUGUGAGAAAAUCAAAUUUUGAUACACGACGUGAUGGCGAGCAAAUUUCUCGUACAGACAGUGCCAUGACAUCAUUUUUGAAAGCAACAUCGAUUGCCGCGCCCGAUAUAUAUGACGUUGAAGAUCGCGAAAAGUUGCGCUCGGAAAAGGCCCAAAAGCAGUCAGCAACCAGGCGUUCACUUCAGUAUUUUCUGGUGGUGCUUCGAUUUCGUGUCAUGUAUUGCAAGCUCGCGCAUUUAUCCGACCGGCGAUUUCUUCCUGUGCCACUUCGCUCAUUCCGUCUUUUGGAGCGCUUGGGUAGCAUCACAAUGCUAUGUUGCUUUGAUGAUGAUAUAUUGUGUGAGCAAACGCCAUCUGUGGAGGAAAUCUUCCUUUUGAACGAUAAACAAGGCAGCAAUACAACAGUCCUAGACUUGCAUGCUGAACGCAGUUGUGAUACUGGUUUGCAAUUUGAAGAUCCUAAGUGGAAGCACCAAUUGCCAUCUUUAAAACCGAUUGGAUUUGCAAUCAUGGUCAACGAUAACGAAAAUGCUGUGCGACAUUACGAAGAUAGUAUGCAAUAUCUUGUAAAUGAAGCGCUUUGGUCAAGCGAGGACGAUGGUGCUAUAGACCCGUACCUGCGAAGCUGUAUGCAGCGACUGUCAGCUCACAUUAGGAUGCUUCCAUUCCCAAAACACUUGCUUAAUCUUUCUCGUGAGAUGGGCUUCUCGGUCGCUCAUGAUUUGACAAUGUUCCAAAGACGACAGUCUAUCCAUAUUAUUUGCCCUCGACUGGCGCACUAUGAACACUCCAGUGAUCACCAUGAUCAGGGCCAGGAAGACACGCGGUAUAGAGGAAAUCUUAAGUCGCAUCUUUAUUCAACCGUUGUACUUGAUAAGCGGUCGCAUCGCCACCAAUUGCUUUCUCGUGGCCACCCAACGGUUGUGUUGGCGCAUUGUAGUGAGUACUGGGAUGGCAAGUCAAUAUGCCCGCUUUCACAUGACAAACAACGUGCGAUACUCGAAAUGUAUAACCAGUGGCGUGUCGAGGAUUUGGAUUGUAUUGCAUUUUCCUACGUUCCAGUUCCGUCCAAGCUCAAUAAUCUUUUCAGGAGUUGUACUUCAAAUGGCCAUGGAAGCAAUUCUUAUAGUUCGCCCGAUGAAAUGUCGGACAAGAGUCAGCAAAGUAAGCUGGACGAACCCUUGCCGCCAGUGUAUCUUGUUGACGAUAGUGCGGCUGGCGAGCUCAAUUCUCUUCAAUUAGAUGCUGCACGAAACAGAAUGCCGCUUUCACGCAACAAGGGCGAUGGCCAAGGUUUUGAGCAAGAGUGCAUACGCACAAGUCAACUUGCAGGGCCGAAUUCGCCACUUGUUUCCCCGCACUCGGUUCAUGAAAUGUCUUUGGACCGAGAGUGCUCGUUGGAGCCACGAAAUACCAAGUCUACCGGAGCCCUUCCUAGUGGCCAGCUUACACCGCCCACCAAGCGGCAUGGACAUUUUACAAUGAGCGACAUUGAAUCGUCGAUGGGGCUGCAUCCAUCCGAAACGAACUCUGUUCAAAAGGAUUCAAUGCUAUGGCGUAUGCAAGAUGAUCAGAUCUUUUUGGGUAUGGUCGCAACUGGCGUUCAGCCAAAACAGUACACACCUGACUUUAUCGAAGACUUGGACGCAUGUGGUAUUCGAUUUGUGUAUUUUUCUCCACGCAAUAUGCGUAGGAGCAAAAUGCUUGCCGAGAAAAUGGGGAUUGAGACAGAUUGGAACUGUGCUAUAUCGCUCCGCCCUCUAAUAAGCGAUGGCCCGGAUCCCCAUCGCAUGACAUCAAACUACUCAGACUGGGACGUUAAAGCUCGAUUACCGCAUGGCGUUGAAGCGAUCAAACGGCAUCUUGCCGAGGUGGACAAUGUUCCGCUAUUGGUGUCACUUUACACGGAUAGCACACCUGACACGAUAAGCGAGAUGAUAUCGAUUUUUCAGGAAAAUCAUGAAGUAGUCAUGGGUGUUGGCUCAUCGGUAAAGGAAAGUAAUGCCCCACUAUUUUCAAAAGCUGAUUUAGCAAUCGCAUUGCAAGGUGGCGUACAUGCAUUCUUUGAUAAACCGAUUCCGCACGGAAAAGAACUUUCUGUGCUCUCUGAUGAGGAUAUUCAGUUUAGUCACAUUUUGAACACGUUAGCGUGUGCUUUUCGUUUGGAUAGUUCGUCAGAUGGUGUGAGCAAUCAAUGCUCAAAGUCUUCAGAUGGUAACAAAAAUACAGUGGGGGGAAAUGCUAGCGUGGCUCACUUAAUUGAGCUUAUCAGGCUGGGACGACGUAUGCUCACCAAUUUUUAUCAGUUGAACACCUUUAUUUUUGUAUCGCAACUUUUUAUCGCCACGAUCAUCCUCGCUUCAUAUGCCAUACCAUUCCCACACGUUCCGCAGCUGACCUGUGCCUCCAUUUUCUGGUUGCUUUGGGCUUUUGUGCCAGCCCUCAGUCUGUCAAUGCUUGCAUCCGAAAGUGAAAAAGGCAUAAUGAAAAAGACUCCACGCAAAAAUGAAGAGUUGGACAUGGAACAGGAUCUGUCACGAUUGAUUGCAUAUUUUAUCGGACGCCAUGUGCCUUCGGUUUUGCUAUCUCUUGCGGUCUUUGAGUGUUUAUUUGGUUUCUCUUUGGAAGCGUCCAACUUUGCAGAUCCGAAUACUUUUGAAGCAAAAAUUUUUUAUGAAUACCGAUGGUUGGAUUUUGUGCUAGACACUGAUUUGGAAACCAUGAUGCCACGAUCAGCCGCUGUUAAAGCAGCAGUGGAUCGUGCUGAAGCUGGAAUGUUGUUAGUAAUCGGAAUUUGCAUUGUGACCUCGUCAUGUGGAUAUUUGUACCGAUGCGAAAGUAUAUUUAAGCAAUCUCCACUUCGAAACAUCAUCUGGGUGACUACGGCAUGUGCGCUGCUCUGCUUACAAUUUAUCUUCAGCAUCCUCCGUGCUGGAAUAAUUGGUGCAGAUGGUGUUACUCUGUGGCAUUUUGUGAGCCAGUCAGUCCCUCAGUCUCUCUGGGCUUUGGUUUUUGGUGUGUGGCCACUUGUAAUUUUAAGCGUUGACGAAGCGAUUAAAAUCCAUGACAGAAGGCAUUUUGUGCGCUACAACAAAUUCCUUCGAAUGCAGUUUGAUACUCGCCUUGGUAUGUGGAGCCCAAAGUAA